AUGGUUCCACCAAAGCUCCGAGGCUGUUGUGAUAGCUGCACCAAAAGCAAGCUCAAGUGCAGUGGCGAGAUGCCUUGUUGCCAGCGAUGUCGGAUACGAGGCCUGGACUGCGUAUACAGCAAAGCUCGACGAGCUGGGCGUCCUCGCCUCACGCCCAAGCCAAGACAAGCAUCAAUCACAUCCUGUAUUAAUCGGGAACCGCAAACCAAUUUCAUCAGUUAUAUCGACCAACCUGUCAAUGACCAGCCAUGUCCGGGACCCGAGUUGCCGGUCUGCCCGAACCCAGAUAUUCUUCUUUAUUCGCCAGACACUCAGCACAUCGCAUAUUUGAUGCAGGAUCCUUGGACUUCAACACCGUGUCCCAGCUCGGACGUCACACAGCCCUCGAGCGUCUGCGACUUUGAUGAGUUGAUGCUACAGGAUAUGAUGUUUAAUAUCAACGAGAGCUUUGACUCGGUGUCUCCUACAGGUUUGAAGGAAGAACGGGGUCAAGACAACGCUCUAUGCAGCGAUGGCUUAGAGGAUACAUAUCCAACAUAUAGCUUUACGAACGAGGGUCCCCCCAGCCAUACCCCCUCAAGCCUAUCUGAAUUGUACAAACAUACAAUCCGGGACAUAGAAGAUUCCAAUGGCCAUCUUUCAGAGGUCGACAUGGAAAUCAAUGCCAUUAUGGCCACUAUCACAAAUAUCGCCAAACGUCCAAUCGCAUCAUAUCACCUCGUCGACCACCCAUGUGCAAGCUCUUGGCCGCAGCUACUUAGCAAUGCCCAACUGCUUAUGUAUAUCGCUGGGUCGGUAAACUCAUCCUCUCCACGUCUGGAUGCCGUACUACAAAUCUCUUGGGCUGCCGAGCAGGUGCAAGAGCGAAUUUUAGGGUGUCCGGCCUGUAAGCCUCGAAUCAUGGAGGUAUCUAGGAUGCUGGCUUUACUGUAUGACUGGAUAUCGUCUCAGGUUGCAGACGCUCUUGAGAGUCCUGCCGCUCUCCAGAGUUGCCGUCUCAGGAUUGGUAACUCAGUUUUGACAGGGCAAAACGGGCUUAUUGGGGCAUAUGAACUCGUCAAAUAUAGGAUCACGAGAGCAAUUCAUGUGAUACAGAACAUCAACACAAAUGCCACAGUAGAGGAUGGGGAUCCGGGUCAACUAUAUAAAAUAGCCCAACUUAUGCUUGAAGUAGCUGAGAGUCGGUUGGAAGCGAUUUCGGGGAUGAUAGACCUCUUAGAAAGCGAGCAGUUUUGCAGUAUAUAG